AUGUCGAGCUUCCUAACCAACAUGUUUCCCACGCCGGGCCAGAAGGACGGCAAGCAGACCUCUUCGGAGGUUCCUGGCACUCCGACCAAGAACACAUUCGUAACUCCCAUUGCGACGCCCCAAGGCAGCCCCAGCAAAAAGACUAUUCCUCCCGGUGCCCAUGAGCUGCCAACUGCCUUCGACAAUGCUCUCAAGCUCAAUCCCGUCCCCCUCGAUGGCCCGGUGAAGCUCGGUAGACCUCAGCCUGGUAGCCCUCUGUCACCUGCCAAGAGUAACAUUCAACCUGCCGAUGAUAUAUACGCCGGUACACCCACCAAUGUCGAUAGCAGCAUCAUUCAUAAAGACACAGGGAGUCCGUUGAAGAAACAAGGCCAGGAAAACACCCCGCCUUCUAAGAUCCCCAUUAGAGAUUCGGUCUAUCAGCACAACCAAGCUGCUGUAUCUCGUCAAGAACCUUACCAAGUUCGAGACACUCGACCUAAUACUCCUAACACUAAGAAGUUUAACACAUCUCGUGGUUUAACUGCUGAAGAGUUGGAGAUUCUGAAGAAGCCUAGCGUCCGUCGCUUGGUCAACGUUACCCAACUCUACUUCUUAGAUUAUUACUUCGAUCUUCUCACAUAUGUCGGUUCCAGACAGACGCGAUUAAAUGCCUUCAAGGCGGAAGUACCCACGCCACCCGAGACUAGCCAGGAGGAGUAUGACCAACUUUGGUCGAAGUACACCGGCCGAGAGCGAGCAGCCCUCCGCAAGCGCCGGAUUCGCCUUCGUCACGGUGACUUCCAGAUCCUUACGCAGGUCGGCCAAGGUGGAUACGGACAGGUGUUCCUAGCUCAGAAGAAGGAUACGAAGGAAGUCUGUGCCCUCAAGGUCAUGAACAAGAAGUUGCUCUUCAAGCUGGAUGAGAUCCGUCAUGUCCUCACCGAGAGAGACAUUCUCACUACAGCCAACAGCGAGUGGCUUGUUCGUCUCCUGUACUCUUUCCAAGACGACAAGAAUAUCUAUCUUGCCAUGGAAUACGUCCCAGGUGGUGAUUUCAGAACCCUGCUGAAUAAUACGGGUGUCCUAUCCAACCGCCACGCUCGCUUCUAUAUCGCGGAGAUGUUCUGUUCCGUGGACGCGCUCCACAAACUCGGCUACAUUCAUCGUGAUCUGAAGCCAGAGAACUUCCUGAUCGACUCUAGCGGACACAUUAAGUUGACCGACUUUGGUUUGGCGGCUGGUAAUGUAGCAUCGUCAAAGAUCAACUCGAUGCGUAUCCGACUCGAGAAGGCUUCUGAGACUGAAGUUCCGUUCGGUAAGGCCAUGGAGAAGCGAACAGUGGCAGAACGCCGAGAGGGUUACCAGACCAUGCGCGAGAGGGACCUGAAUUAUGCGAAAUCCAUAGUAGGAUCUCCUGAUUACAUGGCACCUGAGGUACUUCGCGGCGAAGAGUACGACUACACUGUCGAUUAUUGGAGUUUGGGUUGCAUGUUGUUCGAAGCCCUUACCGGUUUCCCUCCUUUCGCCGGUUCCACGGCUGACGAGACGUGGCAAAACCUGAAGCAUUGGAAGGAGGUGCUCAAGCGCCCGGUCUGGGAAGACCCUAACUAUUUCCUGAGCAACCGCACUUGGAAUUUUAUCACUACGUGCAUCAAUUCGAAAUCCAGGCGAUUCUCGAACAUUAAGGACAUUCUAGAGCAUCAAUAUUUCGCCGAAGUGGAUUGGAAGACUUUGAGAGAAUCGAAGGCGCCGUUCGUUCCCGAGCUGGACUCGGAGACCGACGCAGGGUAUUUCGACGAUUUCACUAACGAGGCUGACAUGGCCAAGUACAAGGAAGUCCAUGAUAAACAACAGGCUCUUGAAAGCAUGGCCGAUCGAGAAGAACAGAUGAGUAAAGGCCUUUUCGUCGGAUUUACCUUCCGUCACCGCAAGCCUACCACAGAAGACGGCAGCCCGCGCAAGCGAAUCCAGACCGAAGAGACCUUUGGCACGAUGCUCUAG